AUGUCUUCCAAGGAGGGGGCGUGGCCUGAGUCUACUUCCUCAUCGUCAUGGGAUACGACCUCUUCGUCGUCAUGGGAUACGACCUCUUCAUCACCAUGGGAGGAGCCAGAGCUGCGUGCGCCGGCGGCGUGGUUGGCGUGUGUGUACGUGUGUGUGUGUGUGUGUGGCGUGUUUGGUAACUGCCUGGUGUGUGUUGCCAUGGUGCGGCUGGAGCGUCUACGAUCCUCCACCAGUGUCUAUGUGAUGUCACUCGCACUGGCUGAUGCACUAUUCAUGCUCUCACUCCCCCUGCUUGUGGCUCAGGAGCUACUACAGCGCUGGCCGUUUGGCGAUGCUGCAUGUCGAUUGGUGGUCGUCCUGGACGGUAUGAACCAGUUCACCAGCGCUGCGUGCCUGACGGCCAUGUCUCUCGACCGGCUGCUGGCCACAUGCGGCCCACCUGUGGCCCAGACUUGGAGAUCGCCACGCCGUGCAGCCAUGCUUACGGUGCUCCUAGCAACCGUCUCCAUGACGCCCGUGCUGCCCGUUGCCGCCCACUUCUCAAGCCAAUCAGGUGUCUGCGCCCCAGGGGAGGAGCUAGUGGAAGGGAGUGGUGGUCUGGCUUUUUUGGGCGGGGCCUUCUGCCUGGGAUUUGCUCUGCCAUUGGCUGUAAUGUUGCUUAGUUACGGAGCACUGUGCUUCAGGAGGAGCAGGGACAUGAUGGGGACGAACGAACGACAGGUGACUGCCAUGUUGGCCAGUGUUGCUGUGGCGUUCUUCGUAUGCUGGGCUCCCUUCUACACCAUCAACUUCCUGUCUGUACAGGAAGUGAUGCCAUCGGAGCCGUGGGGGGCGGGCCUGUUCAUCACGGCUUUCCAGGUCUGCGUUUGUCUCUCGUACAGUUGGAGUUGCUGUGCUCCGCUGCUCUACGCCGCCUUCUCACCACGCUUCAGAUCCCACUUCAAAACACUGCUCUGCCCACGCAAGACAGCACACACCACACGACCCACACAUGACACACACGACACACACACACACGUAUAUGACCUGAGUGACUCACACACUCAGGUCAAUGAACUCAGCCAUACACACUCACACAUGUACGACACACACAUCACACCGCAGCAGCCAACACAGGUGUGACUACUGUAGUUGUCAUCUGCAAGUAUCUGGCCAAUGGACCAAACACACACGUAAGC